GAAGGUGUGAGAGGGGAAGACAAGGUGCUAACAGAGCAAACUGCUGUAUAAAAGGUGCCACUUCAUCCCACAAAGGCAACAAGUUCAAGGUCCUGCAGUCACGAUGCACGCUCUGCACAAAAUUCUGCUCUUUCAUGUUCUGACAUGUCUCAGACAAAAUGCAUUCGGGAGUGAAAUUAUAAAUGGCAAAAAGAGCAAAGACAAGUCGAUGCAGUACAUGGCAUCGGUGCAAAACAACAACAAAGGUCAUGUAUGUGGAGGAUUCCUUGUGAGUGAAGACUUCGUAAUGACUGCAGCACACUGUGAUGACUUUAAGCCUACAACUGUUGUUCUCGGCACCCACAAUCUCAAGAAAGUUAAUAAUGACAUGAGAUACAACGUGAAGCGAUGCAAACACCCAUCUUAUGUGCAGACUUCAAAAGGGAAUGACAUCAUGCUCCUUAAACUGUCUAGGAAAGCUCGCCUGGGCAAAAAAACAAUCAAGCCAAUUAAGCUCACAGAUUCUAAAACAAAACUUAAAGAAAACAAAAAGUGCCAAGUAGCUGGGUGGGGUUACACAAGAAGUCGUGGUGAAGUCAUUGAUGAUCUGCUAGAGGUGGAAGUGCCGAUCAUCAGCCUGGAGAAGUGUAAGAAGAUGUGGUACAACAAGGUUCCUGCCAAUACUAUUUGUGCAGGUGGAUAUAACACAAACAAAGGAUUCUGUCAGGGUGAUUCUGGUGGCCCCCUGGUGUACAAAGGGAAGUAUGCUGUUGGAGUGGCUUCCUUUAACAACAAUAAUAACUGCACCUACCCAGAUUUACCCAACGUCUAUACAGACAUAUCAAAAUUCCUGCCCUGGAUCAAAGACAUUCUCAAGAAAAAGCAGUGUUAAAUAUAACAGUCUUACUAAUUGUAUAUGAGCUUCAAAUGAAAUAUAACAAAGUUUCCCUCUGUGAAACUUGCCAUCACAUCGUCAUCAACACAAGCUCAAAGGCUCUUUGUCCAACAAAAUAUUCACAAAACCUUGCAGGAUGAGUUUUAAGCAGUAGUUUUUGUCCAUGUUGGGUUUUUUUUUAUUGCUUUCCUAAUGCUUGCUUGAGGUGCAGAGACAUCUGUCAUCUGCCUGCUACUGUUAAUCGUAUAUGUUUGCUUAAAGCCUCCAGUAGUAAUAGUCAAAAAACAUUUUUAUAGCAAUUCACAUAAAAACAUAUUCAGUUCUAGUCAGCUGUAACAUCAACAGACUGUGUAGUGAUGCCUAUUUAGACUGCUAUCUGUUAAACAAGAAUAAAAAAUAUAAAACAAUAACUGUGACUGUGGGAACAUCAGUACUCAAAUCUGCAGCUGGAAACUGUGGUUGCUGUGGUUCAAGAUUGCUACACAAUUCAAAGAACUCUUCUGGUUGUGUCACAUAGAUCUACACCAAAGAACAUCUGUUGUGUUUCGCUUGUGCUUCUGUGUAAUACAUUUACACAACAAGCGCAUUUGAUGUGGGUAACUGGUAAUGUGCAAAAAAAGGUAAGAGAAACAGAACCAGCGUGGUCCAAAAAUAAUUUCAACCAAGUCAUUGAUGCAAAAUGAAAAUGGAUGGUGGUAAAAAGAAAAAAAAAAAAAGAUCCAUGCAACACAAGUUUGUAUUAAAUGCAGAUGUGAAUGAAGAUGUCUGGAUGAAAUAAACCGUGCAUGUGGUGAGAGGGACUUUUGACAACACAAGCGUUGUAAAAUGAUAUGCAAUCUCAAUAUCUGUCAUUAAAGAGCUGAUAUUGUGUGGUUACUGUUUCCUGUGCCAAACGACUCACUAAGUGUCAUAUGAAAUGUUUCAUAGUUGUAAAACGUUUUGCAAAUUUAUCAUCCAAAUUAUGCAAUCACACAACAAGCAAGCAAGAUGUAGUUUUUUAUUCUUAUAUUUACUGAUCUGAUUACAAAAAAAUGAGUAGCAGUGAGAGUUAUGUUAAAUAAAUAUUUAAAAAAAAAAAAAAAA